AUGGCUGUUCCCAUUCCUCCUCCUUUCGGAAUUUAUCCCCCAGUUGUUACAUUUUUCAACGAAGACGAGACGGUAGACUACAAUGCAUUUUCGAAGCAUCUUGGAAGGCUUCUAGACGGCGGCGUUACGGGCCUCGUUAUCCAUGGGAGCAACGGAGAAGCCUCCCAUCUUUUGCACGAAGAGCGCGCGGAGAUGAUUCGGGCGGCACGAAGAAUUGCGGAUCAGCGAAAGAAGUCAACUGUGAUCAUUGCAGGGUGCAGUGCACCUAGUGUUCGUGAAACGUUGCUCUUUAUCGAAGAGGCGAAGCAAACUGGGGCGGAUUAUGCAUUGGUUCUUCCGCCUAGUUUUUGGCCUGCUGUCAUGACAAAGCCUGUGAUAAGAUCUUUUUACAUUGAUGUCGCUGCAAAGUCACCACUUCCGAUUAUAAUUUACAACUUCCCCGUUGUAAGCGGCGGCCUCGACCUAGAUUCCGAUCUUAUCACCGACAUCGCAACUUCAUCCCCAAACAUUGUGGGAGUGAAGCUCAGCUGCGGAAAUGUAGGAAAAGUAGCAAGACUAUCCUCAUCUUUCGACCGCGGCAGAUUCGCUCCCUUCGGAGGAAAGGCAGACUUUCUUCUUCCCGGCCUCAUUGCAGGAUCGCAUGGCGCAAUCGCGGUUCUUGCGAAUCUUACCCCCAAGGCUCUUUCGAAGGUGAUCAGUCUUUAUGACGAAGGAAAUGUAGCUGAGGCGAAAGAACUUCAAGCAAAACUGUCUCAUGCCGAUUGGACUUUGAGCACGUUGGGGGUUUCUGGUACGAAGUUGGCAACGCAGAAGUUUUUUGGGUACGGUGAUCCGAAGACGAGGACUCCUUUUGUGACUGUCGGAAAAGACGCUAUUGGCGUGAAGGCGCUCGAAAAGUUACAGGCGGUCAUUGAUGUGGAGAAUGGGAUUUAA